AUCAGAUACCACUCCAUCCCUCUCAACUCCUUUUUUCUCACUCCUCUCCACACACACACAGUCACACACACAACAGCACACACACAUUUCCAUUGUUAUCAUUCUCAGUAAAAGGAAGCAGCAGGAGCAGCACUAGACCAAGGAGAAGAGAAUGACGGAUAUAACUGAUGAUAUAGCAGAGGAGAUAUCUUUUCAGGGCUUUGAAGAUGAUUAUAAACUCCUGCAAAGCCUCCUCAAUGACGUCCUUCAAAGAGAAGUUGGUCACAAUUUCAUGGAAAUUGUUGAAAGAACCCGAACUCUUGCUCAGAGUGCAUGUAACUUGAGAAUUGCAGGAAUCGAGGCUACAGCAGAGCUGCUUGAGAGACAGCUUGCAGCAGAGUUGUCAAAGUUGACACUAGAAGAAGCUUUAUCCCUUGCUCGAACAUUGAGUCAUCAGCUCAAUUUGAUGGGAAUUGCAGAAACUCAUCAUAGAUUACGUAGAAAUCGUGGUGUGGUACAAUCAUCAAAAUCUUGUGAUGAUACUUUCAACCAGCUUGUGCAGAGUGGCAUAACUGCGGACCAGCUCUAUGAGACUGUCUGCAAGCAAGAGGUUGAGAUUGUCCUCACUGCCCAUCCCACACAAAUAAAUCGACGUACCUUACAAUACAAACAUAUCAGGAUUGCGCAUCUCUUGGAAUAUAAUGAGCGACAGAAAGAACUUGAGCUAGAGGACAAAGAAAUGCUGAUAGAAGAUCUGGCAAGAGAGAUUACUUCCAUCUGGCUAACAGAUGAACUUAGGCGCCACAGACCUACUCCUGUUGAUGAAGCUAGGGCUGGCUUGAAUAUUGUGGAGCAAUCACUUUGGAAAGCUGUACCUCAUUAUCUACGUCGUAUCAGCAAUUCUCUUAAGAAGCAAACUGGAAGGCCACUUCCAUUAACAUGCACACCAAUAAAAUUUGGCUCUUGGAUGGGUGGUGAUCGUGAUGGAAAUCCUAAUGUGACUGCAAAGGUGACAAAAGAUGUCUCUCUUCUCUCAAGGUGGAUGGCUAUUGAUCUCUAUGUCCGCGAAGUUGAUAAUCUCAGAUUUGAACUUUCCAUGAAUCAGUGCAGUGAUAGACUAUCAAGACUGGCACAGGAAAUUCUUGAAAAAGAAAGCUCAGAUGAGGACCGGCAUGAGAGUUGGAAUUCAUCACAUAAUUGGAACCAAUUGAAGCAUCAUGGUGAACAUGUUCCAGCUCUUCCAACACAGCUUCCAACUGGAGCUGAUUUACCUUCUUGCACAGAAUGCAAUGAAGUAGAGUCUCACUAUCCUCGACUAGAUGUUCCUGGCUCUGAGUAUAAGCCAUUGAAUCGGCAGGAUGGUGAAGUUUUUUCAGUAGGGGGUCCUAUUCCUGAUCUGAAUAAAACAUCACAGAAAAUAUUUGGAAAUGGAAACCUACCCCCUUCUUCCAGUUCUCAGCCAUCCGGAGUGCCCCGCACUCCUCCUUUCAGCUCUAGCCAACUCCUUGUUCAGAAGAAACUUUUUGCUGAAUCUCAAAUAGGAAGAUCCAGCUUCCAGAAGCUAUUGGAGCCAAGCUCGUCUUACAGACCAGGAAUAGCUCCUUAUAGAAUUGUUCUUGGUGAUGUUAAAGAAAAGCUUCUUAAGACAAGGAAGCGGCUGGAGCUUCUUCUUGAGGAUCUUCCUUGUGAAUAUGAUCCAUGGGACUAUUAUGAAACAUCAGAUCAACUUCUGGAGCCCCUAUUACUGUGCUACGAGUCACUGCAAUCAUGCGGAUCUGGGGUUCUAGCUGAUGGUCGCCUUGCUGACUUGGUUAGACGUGUCGCUACUUUUGGCAUGGUUCUGAUGAAGCUCGAUCUUCGUCAGGAAUCUGGUAGGCAUGCAGAGGCACUUGAUGCAAUUACCAAUUAUUUAGACAUGGGUACAUACAGUGAGUGGGAUGAAGUUAAGAAACUGGAAUUUCUGACUAGAGAGCUAAAGGGGAAGAGGCCUUUAGUCCCCCCAAGUAUAAAAGUUGCUCCCGAUGUCAAGGAAGUAUUGGACACCUUCAGAGUAGCAGCUGAACUAGGAAGUGACUCACUGGGAGCAUAUGUGAUUUCCAUGGCUGCAAAUGCUAGUGAUGUUCUUGCAGUUGAGCUUCUGCAGAAGGAUGCUCGCCUUUCUGUCGGCGGAGAGCUAGGCAGACCAUGUCCUGGAGGAACACUGCGGGUGGUUCCUCUAUUUGAAACUGUGAAGGACUUGAGAGAAGCUGGGUCUGUCAUUAGGAGACUGUUAUCAAUUGAUUGGUACAGGGAACACAUAAUAAAGAAUCAUAAUGGGCACCAAGAGGUGAUGGUUGGUUAUUCUGACUCUGGAAAAGAUGCUGGGCGCUUUACUGCUGCAUGGGAGUUGUAUAAAGCACAAGAAGAUGUUGUAGCUGCAUGUAAUGAAUAUGGAAUUAAGGUCACUUUGUUCCAUGGGCGGGGAGGGAGCAUUGGGCGUGGCGGUGGUCCUACCUACCUUGCCAUUCAAUCGCAGCCACCUGGCUCUGUUAUGGGUUCUCUUCGAUCAACUGAACAAGGAGAGAUGGUGCAGGCCAAGUUUGGACUACCACAGAUUGCUGUUCGGCAGUUGGAGAUCUACACAACAGCUGUUUUGCUUGCUACAUUACGACCUCCAUUGCCCCCAAGAGAAGAAAAAUGGCGCAAUCUGAUGGAGGAUAUCUCAAAACUUAGUUGUAACAGUUAUCGAAGCACUGUGUAUGAGAAUCCAGAAUUCCUUGCAUACUUCCACGAGGCUACUCCUCAAGCUGAACUUCAAUACCUCAACAUUGGAAGUCGCCCAGCCAGAAGAAAGAGUUCAGCAGGAAUUGGGCAUCUUCGAGCAAUUCCAUGGAUAUUUGCGUGGACCCAGACCAGAUUUGUUCUUCCUGCUUGGCUUGGAGUUGGAGCAGGUCUUAAAGGUGUUUGUGAGAGGGGACAUACUGAUGAUUUACGGGCAAUGUACAAGGAAUGGCCUUUCUUUCAAUCCACUGUUGACCUCAUAGAGAUGGUUCUAGGCAAAGCAGACAUUCCUAUAGCCAAGCACUAUGAUGAGAUCCUUGUGUCUCCAAGCCGGCAACCUCUUGGUGCCGAGUUGAGGGAAGAGCUUAUUAUAACUGAGAGGUAUGUAUUGUUGGUUACUGGACAUGAGAAACUAUCCGAUAACAACCGUAGUCUGAGGAGAUUGAUUGAGAGCAGGCUUCCUUAUCUCAAUCCAAUGAAUAUGUUGCAAGUGGAGAUUCUCAAGAGGUUGAGAUGCGAUGAUGACAACAAUAAGCUCAGAGAUGCCUUGCUUAUUACUAUUAAUGGGAUUGCUGCUGGAAUGAGGAACACGGGUUGAUCUCUAACAAAGUUCAACUUGAUAGAACAUUAUGGUCAUAUAUAAAAUAUUUUGAACAGUUAUGUAUCUACUUGUUAUGUGGCAGUACGCUAAGAAACCAUUUGGGUCUCUGAUUUAUUGGUUGGUUUGUGAAGACAUGUUUAUGUUCUUUUGCAUUAUUACUGUUUUCUAGCUUCUACAUUGUCAAAUUGAAUUCAGACACCACUAGUCUGGUAAGAGAGCCUAACCUUGGAUGUUGAA